AGACCUCCAUUACGGAUAGUCAAACUUCAUUACACCAUCUGUCAAAUCUACAUAUUAUUACAACAACAUAUUUACAUCACCCAUGCUCCCCUGCACUCUCAACAUUGGAAAAAGAAUCUCACUUUCUCUCUCUAUCUCUAUCUGCAUCCUCCUCUGUUCCUAAUGAACACCACACCCAUUUUAGCUCUCGUGUCUUCUAACCCUUUAACUGCCCCCACAUUAAGGGUGUUCAACGAAACCCCUCGUGAACUCCAUGUAAAAAGAUCUCAGAUUUAAUGAACCUAACGGGUCGCUUGCAACUUUGCCUCUAAUUCAGAACCAGAUCAUGACCGGAGUUGUUCGUGAUCGGAUACUUAAAGAUGCGAAUGGUAAUAUUCGUGAUCAUCUACGCAACCAUAUCCAUUUAACAAACUGUAUUCACGUGAAAAAUCAUAUGCACAAAACUAGCCCCAUGAUGACCGAUCGGUCCCUUAUUAGGGACCUUGUCGUUCUUCAAAGGUCGCGAUCUUUAAGGGAUCCAUCCAUGAGCCCACCCCCAUUUCCGUCAUCUCCUGCCCUUGACCCGUUACCAAAACGUGCGGAGAAAGAUGGCGGUGCUGGUGGUGGUAGAAGGCGGUCUGUUGGUUUAUCCGCCAACUUGUCGUCAAAUGUGGGCACGGGUGACGAGGUUCAUAGAAGAAUUAAAAAAGAAGAAUCGAGCAGGAGGAGUUUUAAAGACGAUUCUCGAUUAGAUGCCGCCACUUUGGCUAGUGAUAUUUAUCCGGGAAGUUCCGAUGAUAAACAUAAACAAGAGGAUCAUGUCAAUGCCAUUUCUCAGCAAGUAAUCCCGAUCGGUAGUGACAAUGUAGCUUCAUCACACAAUCGUUUACAUAGUCGGGUCAAAAGGCGAAAAUUUAGAAGUGGAAGGCGAGUUUCGCGGGUACCGAUAACCGAGACGUCCAUGGCAUCUAAUUUUGUGUCACAAGUUGAUUACGGUGGUCAACAAAAUGUCACCGAGGGUUCAAAAAACAGUCGUGGGAUUCCGUUUAAUUGGUCAAGAAUGCAUGAUCGGGGGAAGUCGUUUCUCGAUAUUGCAGGAAGAAGUCUGUCAUGUGGUUUAUCUGAUUCAAGGUCUAAAAGAGGCGGUCAAACUCAACGGGACUCUAGUCAAAUGCCCGUUAUGUCUGAUCACGAUUCUUCAUCUACAAACAGUGAAUCGCUUCCUUUAUUAAUGGACGGUUCUCAAGAAAGUCGAGAAAAUCCCGCAGCAUGGGUGCAUGAUUAUUCUGGUGAAUUGGGUCUUUACGCAGAUAAGUUGUUAAAUAGUGAAAUUGACUCGGAUCUUGCGUCAGAAGCCCGAUCGGGUCACCAUAGACGAUCGCGUGGCGAUACUCCGCACCAAAACCUCACUCAAAAGUACACGCCGAAAACAUUUCGGGAUCUAGUGGGACAGAAUUUGGCAGUACAAGCUCUCUCAAACGCAAUUGCAAAAAAGAAAGUCGGGCUGCUUUAUGUAUUUUACGGGCCUCAUGGCACCGGGAAGACCUCGUGUGCGCGUAUAUUCGCCCGGGCCUUAACUUGUCAGUCUUUGGAUCAUCCAAAACCGUGCGGGUAUUGCAAUUCUUGUGUAGCACAUGACAUGGGAAAGAAUCGGAGCGUUCGCGAAGUGGGUCCCAUGAAUAAUCUUGGAUAUAAAAGUAUUAUAAAACUUAUAGAAAACAUGAUUGUUUCUCCGCUACUGUCACAGUACCAAGUGUUCAUAAUCGAUGAUUGCGAUACGUUGCCUCCUGAAUGCUGGAGUGCUAUAUCUAAGGUUAUCGAUCGCGCUCCAAGGCGUAUGGUUUUCGUUUUAGUCAAUUCGAGUCUUGACGUUUUGCCGCAUAUAAUCAUUUCCAGGUGUCAGAAGUUCUUCUUUCCGAAGUUGAAAGAUGCGGAUAUUAUCUAUACGUUACAAUGGGUUGCAACCAAAGAAGAUCUUGAAAUCGAUAAAGAUGCAUUAAAGCUAAUAGCUUCGAGAUCUAACGGUUCGUUAAGGGACGCGGAAAUGACACUCGAGCAGCUGAGUCUACUCGGGCAAAGAAUAUCUGUUCCGCUUGUUCAAGAACUGGUUGGACUUAUAUCGGAUGACAAAUUAGUUGACCUACUCGAUUUCGCAUUAUCAGCAGAUACAGUAAAUACCGUGAAACAUUUAAGAGAAAUUAUGGAGUUGGGUGUUGAGCCGUUAGCUUUAAUGUCACAACUUGCAACCGUAGUAACCGAUAUUCUUGCGGGUAGUUAUAAUUUCAUGAAACAAAGGACCAAAAGGAAGUUCUUUAGACAACGAGAGCUAUCUAAAGAAGAUAUGGAGAAGCUGCGGUUAGCAUUGAAGACGUUAUCCGAAGCAGAAAAGCAGCUCAGAAUGUCAAACGACAAGUUGACUUGGUUGACCGCCGCUUUGUUGCAGCUUGCUCCUGAUCAGCAGUAUGUGUUACCAACGUCGUCUGUGGAUGCUAGCACUUAUCGCAGUCAGUUGGGGUUUGACAAUGGCGGUACGAGAGAUGGGUCUCACAAAAGUAACUUUGCGCAUGGUGAGACAAGCGAGAUUCAAAGGGGUUUGUUAAAAACGGGUGAAAGUUCUAGUGGAAUUCAAACGAAAAUGAAAGAAGGCUUGUAUCAGCAAGAAGUCGAAGAAAUAUGGUUUGAGGUGCUUGAGAAUAUACAGAUAAAUAGCGUAAAAGAGUUCUUGUAUCAUGAAGCAAAGCUGACAUCAGUUAGUUUCGGUGCAGAUCCAACCGUUCAGCUUAUGUUCACAUCGCAUGUGACAAAAUCGAAGGCCGAAAAGUUCAAAACCUACAUUCUAAAAGCAUUUGAGAACGUUCUUGGAUCACCCGUCACAAUCGAAAUCAGAAGUGAAUUGAGGAAAGAAACACGCGAUUCCUAUCAAGACGCGUACGCAAAACGGAGAAGUGAGAUCGUUGAAGUAGACGCUUCUCCUAGAGAACCAAAAGCUAAAAUGCAUAAUGAUACUAAGAAUUCAAGUGUCGGUUUACAAAGAAGAUUAGGGGAACAAAGUCAAUCUCGGAGUCUAGUUAGAGGUAAAGUGUCUCUUGCAGACGUAAUUCAGCAUGCAGAAUCGAAAAGAAAUGGUUGGUCAACACGCAAAGCCGUUUCCAUUGCGGAAAAACUUGAACAAGAGAAUCUGAGAAUGGAACCAAGAUCGAGAAGCUUGUUGUGCUGGAAGGCAUCUAGAGUUGCUCGUCGGAAGGUUUCUCGAUCAAAGGUUAGACGACAAAAGUCCCGGGCUUUGCUGAGAUUUGUGUUGUGUAGCAGGUGCAUAUCUACUAGAUCACCGCGGUAAUACAAAGCAUGUAGAGUCUAAUCGGUAUAUCAGUCAGUUAGUUUACAUUAAAUAAUGUCAACUCCAAGAACAAUGGUAAUGCAAAUGUGUAUUCCUUGUAUUUUUCUAGCUUUCAAUUUUCUUUAUAGGCCUUUUGCAGUUGUAAAGCGUAAACAGUUUUAUUAGUUGAUGAAUUUAUAAGUUAUAACCC